AUGUUCUCGGAAAAGUCAACACAGACAGUGCCUGCUACUGCGGAAGUUACAGAUUUAGUGCCUAUUACGGAAAAUGAAGGUCAGUCUGAAGCAUCCAGCACUUCCACAAAAAGUGUCCUACGAGGAUGUCUUCAAGUUCUAGGCGCAUUUUUCAUAUUGUUCAACGUCUGGGGCCUGAGUUUUGCCUUUGGGUCCUUCCAAAGCUUUUAUACACUUGAAUAUAUUCAGUCAUCCACCGCAUCGGACAUAGCAUGGAUUGGUACAGUUCAAUCAUGGCUUCUCAUUGUCGGUGGCUUACUGUCUGGCCCGCUGUUCGACCUCGGUUACUACAAAGAAAUGAUAUUCAUCGGAAGUUCGUUGGGUGUUCUUGGAAUUAUGGUCCUCAGUCUUGCAGACCAAUACUAUGCGAUAUUUCUGAGUCAGGGGGUAUGCAUGGGCCUUGGAUUCGGGCUGCUAUAUGUGCCCAGUAUUGCAUUGGUUAGUCGAUCAUUCACGACCAGACGCGCUGUUGCGUUGGGCGUAUCAACGAGUGGUGCUCCUGCUGGGGGCAUAAUAUACACCGUCAUGUUCAAUCAACUCAUAUCCAAAGUGGGAUUCCCUUGGACUGUUCGUUGCAUGGGCUUCGUCAUGCUUGCGCUUUUCUCGGCAGCGGCUGUCCUGCUUCUUGUACCGGAAAGAAAUACAAAGAGGCCUGAGAGAACUCAGCGCAGAAGCCUACUGGAUACGCAAGCAUUCAAGGACAUUUCUUUCUGGAGUUUCACUGUCGCCAACUUUUUUCUUUACCUCGGAUAUAUCACGCCUUAUUAUUACAUUCCAACUUAUGCCGAAACCAAGCUGGGAACGUCACGAACGUUGGCAUCUAAUAUAUUAAUGAUAUCCCAGGCAUGCUCGAUCAUCGGGCGUGUUGUUUUGACCAUCUUUGCUCAUCACUAUGGUUCAAUGAUCUCUUGGAUCUCAUGUGGUGUUCUAUCCGGUAUGCUGUGCAUUACCUGGAUAAGUGCAAACAGCCUUGUCAAAUUCAUUCUAUUUGCUUCUUUCUAUGGUGGUAUCUCUGGCGCUCUGAUCCCACUUCCACCAAGUGUCUUCUCUCAUGUCUGUCCCGAUCCAAAGAAACUAGGGACAUGGCUUGGGAUGGCACAAAGCUUGAGCAGCUUUGCCACACUGCUAGGCCCACCGAUAGCAGGUGCGCUUGCUUCAAUUGGCUCCAAUGGUAGUGCUGAUUUGAAUUAUCUUGGAAUUCAACUGUUCAGCGGGAUAACCAUGUGUUUUGGAGCAUUCCAAGUCAUUGGCCUAUGGUAUUUGCUGUACAAAAAGAGAGGCAAGACAGGCCUUUUCUGA